AUGACCCACUUGCACAUCUUUUUCCCCUCCUCCGUGCUUCCCGCUCUUUCGAGCUACUGGGACGUGCACUGUGCGCUAGCCACAAGUGUAUCGCGCUCAACAUCUGCGCUGUGUCGGAACACACAUACCCCCCCCCCCCCACACACACACACACGCACACACGCACCCAUAUACGUGCCCCUACGCACCUACGCAUGCAACAGCACAUUUAAUUGUGGGUUACACACAACUCAUCUCCAUUCAGUAAAGCAAGAGGGGGGAGGGAGGGAGACAGCGACCAGCAUCUGCUCCUUUUUUCUUCUCCCAAUCACCAUCACUGUGUGCUGCGUUGCUGAUUCGUGUCCUUUCUCCCCGUGUGAACUGGGGGACAUUUUUCAUUCAGGAUUGUACCUCCUCUCGUCCACCGCGGCUACCAGGCCGCUCCUGCCGUUUGUGUGUUUGGUGCAGCCUGGCCGCAUAUUACUGCGGUGUUUUUCCUCCCUCUCUCUCUCCCCCCCCCGUGCGGGUUUCCGCUUAUACCACUCCACUCCCCCCCUCCCUCUGCCACUGUGUGUGCUGCAUCUCCUCUCUUGCCUUUUCUGUCUUCUUCGAAUGAAGUCGCGUUCAUCCGGAGGCUCGCGCCGGGCCUCUACGGGUGGGACGGAUGGUCGCUCGCUUGAGGCGGCCCUUGCAGCCUCUUCUUUACUGCUGUGGGUCCCCUACUCGCUGGCAGCGGUGUACGUGGCGUACUGCAGCGCGUUUGUAUCGGAGCCGCCACUCGCUGAAAGUUUUAGCGCGUUCUCCAAGGCCGGCGGCAGCAGUGUUGCGUUGACGGCAUCCGGGGGCGGCGCAGGGUUCGCGACGUCGUCUGCGUCUGCUGAAGCGUCGUUUGCCUCAUCGUCGGCGUCGUCCAUGGCAACGGCCAUCUACGGCGGCGCCAUCACCGGAGAUGUGAGGACCCGGGCUCACUACAGCUUCAUCUACUACUACAUCUUUCCUGUCGGCUUUGGCAUUGGCAUCUUUGCAUCACUGCUGCUGCGCGUGCUGUUCUUCAGCGCAGCAGCAAUCCUCGUCACGUAUUACCUCUCUGUGCACAAGGUCAACGGAGGCGAGUACUUGAUGGCGGUGGCCUGGGCACUGGGGACCUUCAGUGGAUGGGGAUGGCUCUACACCUCGGCAGGGUCAGUGCUGCCGGCCUCGUCGUCUUCUUCAUCUCCCUCGAGCAGUGGCAGCGCGGGGACGCAGAUGCUCGCCUCCGCUUCCCCACCGUCGUGGCUGUGGCUCGUGGUGUCGCUGCUUACCGGCCUCUUCAGCGGCAUCCUGUGCAAAGUGAAGGACAUUGUGGAUGGCAAGCAUGCACGCGAUACACAUCUCUUUCCACUGCUCGAUUGCUAUGACGAAUUCGUUGAGGAGGCCGAGUUGCGGCGCACCGCUGAGGCCGGUGACGACACCCGCGAUGCUCGCAGCGCUGGGUCUCCUUCCCCUACCACUGCCUCCUCUCCUCCGUCUGGGGUACUGCGUUACCGCCACAUCCGCAUGUCUACCUCUCACCAUCUUGCCAGCCUCGGCGACCGGCUCUACAUGGUUGUGCCCUUCUGCACUGGCCAGUGGUUCUCGUUCAUUCUCCAACACGGAUGGCGUGGCAUCAUCGUGGAGAACGGCGCCAUCUUGCUUUCUCUUAGCUUAGUGGGUUACACGAUGCUGAGCUAUAAGUUUCUGAAACGCCAGGUGCUGCGCGUAUCCGGGCGGGUUACCCGCUCGGCGGCGGCGGCACGCAAUCGCAAUCGUCGCAACAAGCGCUGCCUCCAGCAUCGACAGGGCGGUGGUGCUGUCGUGUCGUGCGAGGAUGCCGCCAAAGAUGCCGGCGGUGUGGAGUUUUUGGAGGACGUCGGGGAGGUGGCGGUUGUCGACGUCAUUGAUCUUAUCUCGAAGCUGUUCACGACAUCCUUUGGUGUUGUCGUGCUAGUGGUUCUGGGGCUGAACCUCUUCAUGACGUCCCUCUGCAUCCCCUUCCUCAAGGCGCUCUUCAAGCUCAAUGCGCUGGUCAGCGGCGUGGGCAUUGUGAUUGAGCUCAUCAUGUACGAAGUGGCUUGA